CGUCAUCCUCGGAAAACGGGGUAGGAGUCAUGGCUCGCCUGAGCUGCAUUGUUCAAAGCGCAGCUCGUACGAACUGAGGAGGAUUAUUAUUAGCAGAUUCGCGUUUGCCAGGAGCUUCCCUCGAAGGAGGUACAAGUCUCUUCAUGUAAAAUGGCUGGUGUGCAAAUCAUUCCUCAAGCUUUAUAUCUGAGCAACAUGCUGAAAGCUGUGAAGAUAAGAGAGAGAAUGCCUGAAGACCUUGUCAGGUGCUCCAAUGGAAUAAUCCAUCAUUUUCAGACUAUGCACCGAUACACCAUAGAGAUGUUCAGGAUGUGCCAAUUUUGCCCUCAGUUCCAGCAGAUACUUCAAAAAGCCCUUAUCGACCAAGCAACCCAGACCUCACUAGAACGUCAGCGGAAGCUGAACUGGUGUCGAGAAGUUAAAAAACUUAUGCCAUUGAAGACUAAUGGUGAUGGAAAUUGUCUGAUGCAUGCUACAUCCCAAUACAUGUGGGGUGUCCAAGAUGUUGACUUAGUCUUGAGAAAAGCCCUGUUUAGUGCACUUAGGGAAGUUGAUACACGUAACUUCAAACUGCGUUGGCAACGAGAGACACUAAAAUCACAGGAGUUUGUGGCAACGGGACUCUGCUAUGACACUAGGAACUGGGAGGAUGAAUGGGAGAACCUAAUCAAGAUGGCAUCAGCAGAAACAUCAGUUGCCCACAGGGGGCUUCAAUAUAACUCAUUGGAAGAAAUCCAUAUAUUUGUCCUUGUUAACAUCUUAAGGCGACCUAUCAUCAUUGUUGCAGAUAAAAUGCUUCGAAGCUUGCAAUCGGGUUCGAGCUUUUCACCUCUGAAUAUUGGUGGGAUUUACUUGCCUCUUCACUGGCCAGCAGAAGAGUGUUACCGCUAUCCCAUCAUCCUGGCCUAUGACAGUAUGCAUUUCACACCACUGGUCAUUCUGAAUAACAGUGGCCCAGAAUUCCGGGUAAUCCCAUUGGUCAGCUGUGAAAGAGGCCAGUUUGAAGACUUGAAGGUGCACUUUCUAACAGACUCUGAAGAAAGGGAGAAAGAAAAGCUGUUAAGAGACUACCUAAUGGUGAUAGAAAUUCCUGUGCAAGGCUGGGACCCUGGGACAACAAAUCUCAUUAAUGCUGCAAAGUUGGAUGAAGGCAACUUGCCCAGAGAGAUUAAUCUUGUGGAGGAUUACUUUCAGCUUGUGCAGCAUGAAUACAAGAAGUGGCAAGAAAAUGUUGAGCCCGCUGGAAGAGAAACGGGUGCAAGGAACAGACUGGAAUUGUCCUUAUCCCAGCUCUCACUUGUGGAGGCAAAAUGUGAAACUCCCAACUGCCCUUUCUACAUGUCCGUAAGCACCCAGCCCUUCUGCCAUGAAUGUUUUGAACAGAGGCAGCAGAGGAAUAAGAUGAGGAGGCAGAACUUCCAAACAGGGUCUGAGAAACCCCUGGCGAGUGGAUCCAGUUCACCUAAGGGGGAGCACCGUGAGCUUAGUGUACGGACACCUGAAGACCCAGUGACAGGGCCUCGCUCUGCGCCCCCCACAGCCCCAAGCCUUUUUCUGUACAGCGAAACCACUGCAAUGAAGUGCAGGACCCCAGGCUGCCCAUUCACCUUGAAUGUGCAAUGUAACGGAUUCUGCGAACGCUGCUACAACUCCAGGGAACACGACCCUUGCAAUAACCCAAAUGACCCAGGACAUUCAGGCUGUAUGACAUGUGAAUUCUGCCUCAAGGAUACCAAUAGGACCUUCAAUGGCAUGUGCAGUACUUGCUUCAAAAGGACUAGAGACCUCUUGUCAAAUGCCAGCUCAGGUGUUGUGCCUUCAGGUCAUCAGAGAUCCUCAUCAGAUCCUUCCCAUCUAUCACAGAGCCUCCUUCAACAUUCAUGCCAGGUAACAGCUGGCAGCAAUCUGGUGGAAGCACCCCCACAAAUUCAGCCCCAAAGAUUUGAAGAGUGGAAGGGGAGCAGUAAAUGUAGGAAACCUGCGUGCCACUUUUUUGGGACUCCUCAGAAUGAAGGCUUUUGCACACUGUGUUAUUUUGAGUACCGGGAGAAUAAAGAUGCUUCACUACUUCAUCACCGAAGAUCUCUGCGGAAUUCUCCUACCUCAAGGCAUUCUGGAACCUCAGCUGCUGUAUACCAGAACACAGUUUCCUGCCUGGGUCAAGAGUGUGGCACCAUAGGAAGCACAAUGCUUGAGGGAUAUUGUCAAAAAUGCUUUAUUGAAGCACAGAGUAAGCGGCUGCAUGAAGCCACAAGGACUGAAGAUCAACUAGUUAGACAAUCAGAGCGAACAGGACAAGGCAGAGAUUUACGCCAGAUGACUCCAAGCUCUCAGAAACGGAAGUGUGCCGUAGCUUCUUGUAGGAAUAACAUGGUCUCCAGAAAUGGGGAACUGUGUCAAGAAUGUCUCCACACCCAUCAGCGGCCACCACCCAGGGGACUUCGAGGAGACCCUUCAGCAGACGAGCUUCCAAAACAGCAGUGCCGAGCCCCUGCCUGUGAUCAUUAUGGCAAUAACAAGUGUAACGGCUACUGCAAUGAAUGCUACCAGUUCAAACAGAUCUAUGGUUAGUGAGAGUGGAGGAAGAAUAAUUGCUGGUUGGUGCUACAUCCAAAACACUCAAUUGUCCUGCCAUGGCGCAUGGUCUGUUCAGUGUGUGAAAAAGACAUGUGACUUUGGGAGGAAAACAAUAAGCUGAAUUUUGUACACAUAUACAUAAAUAUGUAUGUACAUAUGUGUACACACACACUCUUGCACAGAUUGUGGCACACAGAACAAUAAAUUUUGUGCUCCAGAAUUCUUCAUUCUGGGAAAGAAAAGCAGUUUGAUUUCAGUACAGAUGAAUACUGCAGGAAAUGCAUACCGAAUACUUGACAACAAACUCCUUUUCCCCGUUCUCUUCAGACUUCGUUAUGAGCUGAACAUACAGUCUGAAGCAAUUAAUAUAGACUGUGCUUUGCUUUCCCUUUUUGCUGCUACCUCCUUUUUUCCCCUUCAGAUUUUUAUACUGCCUAAAACGCAAGUUCUCUGCAACCUGUUCCAAAUACUGUGUGUUUGGACUACAAGGAAACCUGGCCAAACAUCUGGAAUGAAGAGCCUGUUGCAUGACAACCAUCAUACAGCAUGAAGCUGGUUGCCCUAGAAAAUGCUGAUUUCUCUUUAAUGUGGAAUCUGGUAGAAAUUAAGAAUUAAACAAGGUUAUUACAAAACAGUGGGACAAAUAUUUAACUUCUCCUUGGUUGCCUUUUUAAAGUAGCUGGUUUGUUUUUUAAUAUUCCCAAACCAAAGCCAACCCUUUGUGUAUGCGGGACAGCAAUAACCCCUUAAGAACUUGAUUAGCUAACAGUGUUGAUCAGUGUCUCUCCAAUCAAAAGCAUGUACUUGUUUGAACAAGAUUAUGAGGCUGUUCUCACACAUGGCUCCUGGGUUACCCCAUUCAGCUCCUGUCAUCUGGAACGCCAGGAGUGGAGGGCUCCCAGCUGUUCUAGACUGCACUAGCCUCACUUUGUAACCUGGCAUUUAGCUGAGGUUAAGCGACUCUGUGGUUUGCUUAACCUCAGCAGGCUAUCAUCUGGGCAAUCACUGCUUGGUGAAGAGACUUCCCCCAGACCUGCCACCAUUUCCAGCAGCAAGCUGGGGGAAAGGAGCAGCUGUGCCGAGUGUGGUGGUUGCUCUAAGGAGAGCAGCUGGCACACUUUUAGCGUGGGGCACCCUAGGAUGCAGUGAGGGGAGUCCUCCCACUCCCAGAUCUUGCCAUCACCACGCUGCCACUCAUGGGUGUGUGGUGUGGUAGAAGGGAGGUUGGCCGCUGCUUGUCCACUGGGGAAGGCAGGUGAGCUCCUGCCUUCCCCACAGCCCUUUGCGGUGGCCACCAGAGGUCAUGAGUAUGACCUCAUUAUCUGCUGAUCCAGAUGGUCAAAAUUUAGGAAAGAGCUUGGCUAUGUUUCUGUUCCUUCCAAGUAUCUCAAUAUGGGAAAGUAAUCAGAACAUAUCAAACACUUCCUUAAAUAUAGCAAUAGCACUAGCAAUAGCACUUACAUUUAUAUACCGCUCUCUAGCCGGAGCUCUCUAAGCGGUUUACAAUGAUUUAGCAUAUUGCCCCCAACAUUCUGGGUACUCAUUUUACCGACCUCGGAAGGAUGGAAGGCUGAGUCAACCUUGAGCCCCUGGUCAGGAUUGAACUUGUAACCUUCUGGUUACAGGGCGGCAGUUUUACCACUGCGCCACCAGGGGCUCAUUAUGUGUGUUGACACAUACUGAUUUGAAUAGAACAGGGCUGACAGAGGAGGUGGUGGUCUGGUCUUUUUCUGCAUUGAUAGGUCCUUUCAUGCCAAACAUCUUGAGUGAAUGGGUACGUUUCCUGUGAAUGGUUUUGUUUUGUUGCCAAAUAAAACAAUAUCAGGGGUACUCCAUGCUGCUUUCUCCUCUUUGUCUGGCGUUGAAGUUAGGAUCCAGUUAGGAACUGAGCUGUCCUGAUCCUUGCAGGAUUCAAUUGGGAAAUCAGGCGGAGCACCUGCUGCUGCACUCAACGCUCAUACUGUAUUGUCCAGCUGCAAGCCUCUCACUGUCCUGGCUAGGCCAGGAGCUGGCAAAAAGGGACCACGGAGCUCAGCCCAGUUUCCUCUUUGCUGCCCUCCUCUAUAUCUGACUGCUACCGUGACAGAUGUCUGAGUGGGUCUCAUCUGUUAUGGGAAAGGAGUAUAUUGAGUGCCAUUUGCAAAGUGCUGCUCCUGCUCAGAACCCAUUUAUUUCAAUAGUAUUUGGGAUCAGCUUUCAGUAGAUUGCCCUUCCACCAUCAUCUCAAGGUGUGCUGUCUGCCAGAUCUGCAUGUGUCCUUCUGUGUUGGGUACUAAGAGAAACAGUUAUCACGAGCCCUGCAGUUCAGCUCUUCAUUUCUUUCCUUGCCCACAAGCCUCAUACUUCUGGAAUGGCUUAUGAAAGGAGUGGACAUAAAUUGACACGUGUGUGUGUGUGUGUGUGUGUGUGUAUAUAUAUAAUUAUUCUUUAGAUCUCUCCUUAAUCACAAACCAUUUUAAACCUCUGCCUAUUGCUAUUGAACUUUCUAGAUGUAAUUUUGUUAAUUUGGUUAAAUGUGAAUGUUAAAAUAUUUAUAUUAUUUCUAAAGUGCAAUUUGAAAUUUGCACAUUUUUAAUACAAUAACUUACUCUUGUUUCGUUUCCCCCCUCAAAACUCUUGUGUAAUUGUAUAACUGCAAAAUGAAAUCCGAUAAUAAAAAUAAAUUAUUUAAAGAA